AUGAAAAGCGACAUUUUGAAACGACGUCUAAGAGGAGCAGUAGAUGUGACUGCGUAUAAGUCAGAUGCACCGUCAUUUUGUUGUGCUAUUUCGGGGCACACCAUUCUUUCAAUUGUGAAGCCCAGAACCCUGCUAUCGUUCCAAAAUUUUGUUGGUUGGACGGUAGUGGCGCCGAGAAUGGGUGAUGUACAACAAGCUAGUUCCGUAUCUGGCGAUGAUACAAAAGAGUAUGUAAUCGUUCAAGAAGGGAAGGCUAAAAUCGGUUUCCAUGGUCCUGUAUUCUACAAUCCUGUACAGGAAUUCAACAGAGAUCUCACAGUGUCUGUAUUGCGUCAAUUCGUGAAGUCUCGUGCUCAGGGAGAAGCAACUACUUCUAAAGCGAAUGGAACUCCGGUAAGCCCUAUCGCAAAGAAGCAGAAAUUGGAUUUUGACAUCGAGGACAAGCCGAUAAGAAUAUUGGACGCAUUAUCGGCGAGUGGACUUCGAGCGCUUCGGUUCUUCCACGAGGUCGAGAACGUGGAUUUUAUCUUGGCUAAUGAUUUUUCUGAAAAUGCUGUCGAAUCUAUCAAAGAAAAUAUUAUUCUUAACGGAGCAGAGGGCAAAGUUCGUGCUAAAUUCGGUGAUGCUGUUAUGACAAUGAUGGAACAUCGGAGUAUCGAUAAACGGUUUCAUGCUGUAGAUUUGGAUCCAUAUGGUUCCGCUUCCGUGUUUUUGGACUCGGCAGUGCAGUGCGUAGCAGAUCGCGGAAUACUCAUGGUGACUUGUACCGAUAUGGCUGUUUUAUGUGGCAAUACUCCGGAAACUUGCUACAAUAAGUAUGGCUCGACAACGGUCAGGUUGAAAUGCUGCCACGAAAUGGCUCUUCGGAUUCUUCUGCGGUCGAUAGACUCUCAUGCUAACCGCUACUCACGAUAUAUUGAACCAUUGAUAUCUAUAAGUGUUGAUUUCUAUGUGCGAGUAUUUGUUCGUCUGUACACUGGUGCUCGACUAACUAAAGAAUCUGGAACGAAGGUAGGGAACGUGAUUGCAUGCUCUGGCUGUCAUUCCAUGGAAGUUAUGCCUAUACUCAGGAAGGUUGAAGAUGGAAAAAGCUUGAAGUAUUGCUCUAGUGUCGUUCGGCAGUCUAUUAUGGAUUCCAAUAACAAAUGCAUCCACUGUGGUCAUUCCCUUCAUCAUGCUGGUCCUAUUUAUACUGGACCAAUUCACAAUCGCCAGUUUGUGGAAGGAGUUCUGGCUAGCCUCAAAGAAACUCCAGCAGAAGAGCGACUAGGAACGCACAACCGCCUUUUGGGAGUACUUACGAAUGUGGCGGAGGAACUCGAUGAACCGUUAUACUAUGAACAUGAUCAGCUAUUCAAUGUGGUAAAAUGUUGUGUCCCAAAAGCAGUGAGCGUAAGAUCAGCUAUUCUGAAUGCCGGAUACAAGGUAUCAGGUUCCCAUUGCAACCCUCGUGCAUUGAAAACGAACGCCCCUGUGGACUUCCUUUGGGAUAUUUGUCGUUUAGCCGCCAAGGAGGCGAAUGUAACGGCCGACCGACACGACCAGAAAGCCCCAGGUCACAAAAUAUUGUCGGAACCAAUCAAGAAUGAAAUCAAUUUCCAACUUCAUCCUGGAGCCAUCAUUCAAACCAAAAAUGAUCAGAUGGUGCGAUUUCAGUGUAACAAGGGUAAAAAUUGGGGACCGAGGUCGAAAGCGAAAGGAUCCGUCAAUUCGACGUUAGCAGGAUUUUACUCAAAGGUCCCCGAACCCGUUCAAUGA